UUCGACUUCGAUCGAAGAAAUGUAUUCCUCCCGCUGUCGCAUCCCGUUUCCAACUCGGCGGCUCGCCCUUGAUCGCCUUCUUCGAAGGUUCGCUCCGUUUGUCGCUCUCGGUUGCUGUGAAGUAUCUCGCUAUCGCCCCCCUGGGCCCUAAUCGGUGAUCUUCCGAGAAGUUUCGCGCGAUCGGUACCCCUUAUAUAGCUCCGGAAGCAAAUGGGGUUUGAUUGUAUUCUCGGAACCUCUUGAGCAGAUCUGCCGCUUUGAUUCCUUUAGACGGUGGUAAAUAUGGCGUUUUGAGAAUCUACAAGUUAGGAUUCUGGUGAUUUUUUGUAUCGGGGAUAUAUAUGGAUAUGGCAGGGGUCCGGCGUGGUGAAGCGAAUGCAUCUUUUGAUAUUGAGCAAUUACUUGUGGAAGCACAACAUCGAUGGCUACGCCCUGCUGAAAUCUGUGAAAUACUUCAGAACCAUAGGAAAUUUCGUAUAGCACCAGAACCUCCAAAUAAACCUCAGAGUAUGAAGUCAAGUGGAUCCCUAUUUCUAUUUGACCGAAAAGUGUUAAGAUACUUCAGAAAGGAUGGCCAUAACUGGAGAAAGAAAAAGGAUGGGAAAACGGUUAAAGAAGCUCAUGAGAGACUAAAAGUUGGAAGUGUUGAUAUGCUUCAUUGCUAUUAUGCUCACGGCGAAGAGAACGAAAAAUUUCAAAGGCGGAGUUAUUGGAUGCUGGAAGAUGAUCUCAUGCACAUUGUUCUCGUCCAUUAUCGUGAAGUCAAGGUUGAUAGACCAAGUCUCAGCCGUUCAACAAGUCUUGGCCAUACAAGAGAUAGAGAUGACCAAAUUCAACCACCUUCACAAAUCAUUGGCACUGAUAGCCCCAACAGUGCUCACACAUCAGAAUAUGAAGAUGCUGAAUCAGGUGCAACAUUUGCUACAUCUUAUUCAAAGCAAGACUCGAAGCAGCAGAUAAUUGUCAGACAAGUUCCAGAUACCACUCUUUCACUAAGAUGCGGCGACAUGAUUAUUGACUAAUGAUCAUCUAGACUUUUUGAGCCCUUGCAUUCCAUUUCUAACGCAGCUUAUGUUUUGAUCCAACAUCCAAAGAUGAGCUCCUGGGCGAGUUUACAUAGGACAGGCUUCGAGAGACCAUCGGCGGGCAGCCCAUCACUGCGAUAUAACUCGACUCGACUCGACUCGACUCUCACAGAUGCGCUGGAUCCGUUCAGCCAGCAGCGGAGCCUAUCCGAUGUCUUCAAUGUGGUGGACCGGAUGCUGGAUAUUUUCCCCUUCGGGGCGGGAUGGCGUGGGUGGGACGCGAGGGAGGACCUCAGAGCGCUGUACCUGAAGGGGGAGAUGCCGGGACUCGGGAAGGACGACGUGCAGAGAAUAGCACGCUGGUGAUUAAAGGGGAGGCGCGUAAGGAGGGAGCGGAAUGCGGCGGAGGGGAACAGGGGGGAGAACAGGGAAGGGAAAGGCCGCGACGCAGGUACAGUAGCCGCAUCGAGCUUCCGGAGAAUCAGUAUGAUUCUGAAUCGUUGUCGUGUCAGCGGUGGUGCGGUGCACACGUCCGUGUGUUGUGGGUAGUGAACACUUUGGAGUGUUUUUUUAACAAUCCUUAAAUUGCUAGUUCCAAGAAAAAAAAAAAAGAGAGUGAAUGAUGGGUCUUCCGAAUCUAUUCGUUUGUUAGUUGUGAUCAGCAGAUAUUAGUAACGAUUUUACGCAUGCAAACAUCAAAUGUAUUAAUGCAAUCAAACUGAUAGCCAAGGUACAA